GGGGGGGAGAAGAAGGAGGGUCACGUGACAAGGAAGCAAGAUGGCUGCCUUCCCGUGGCAUGCAAGGUCUAGAAAUUACACAUCAGAGUUUGAAUCAUGCAGACUGGAGGCUGUACCUGUGGAAUUUGGGGACUACCAUCCACUGAAACCCAUUACCGUUACUGAAUCCAAGACCAAGAAAAUGGGUCGGAAAGGAAGUACUUCCUCUACCUCCUCCUCUUCUUCCAGUUCAAUGAUAGACCCACUAAGCAGUGUGUUGGACGGUACUGAUCCCUUGUCAUUGUUCGCAGCAACAGCAGAUCCAGUGACUACUGCAGCUAACACGGAUAGUACAAGAAAGAAACGUGAUAAAGAUGACAGCUUGGCUGUAGGAAGUGACUUUGAACCAUGGUCAAGCAAACGUGGUGAAAUCCUUGCUAGAUACACGACGACUGAAAAACUCUCCAUUAAUCUGUAUAUGAGUUCUGAAAAAGGAAAAGCUACGACGCCUGGCUCAGCAGUUUCUGAGAAGGUGCGAACAAGGCUAGAAGAGCUGGAUGACCUUGAAGAGGGUUCACAAAAAGAGCUGUUGAAUUUGACUCAGCAAGAUUACAUGAAUCGGAUUGAAGACCUCAAUCAGUCACUGAAGGAUGCCUGGGCCUCUGAUCAGAAAGUAAAAGCUCUAAAAAUAGUUAUCCAGUGUUCUAAACUUCUUUCGGACACAACAGUAAUCCAGUUUUAUCCAAGUAAAUUUGUUCUAAUUACAGAUAUACUUGAUACAUUUGGAAAACUAGUAUAUGAAAGAAUUUUAUCCAUGUGUCUGGAUAAUCGCAGCUCUUUACCAGAUAAUUUUACUCCAGAAAGUGUUAAUGAUACUGCCAAAGAAACCUGUUUAAACUGGUUCUUCAAGAUUGCUUCAAUCAGAGAGCUCAUUCCCAGAUUCUAUGUGGAAGCAGCAAUACUGAAAUGCAACAAGUUUCUGUCCAAAACGGGAAUUUCAGAAUGUCUCCCGCGACUAACGGCUAUGAUUAGAGGAAUUGGAGAUCCACUGGUUGCAGUCUAUGCAAGAGCGUACCUGUGCAGGGUCGGAAUGGAAGUAGCUCCUCAUCGUAAAGAAAGCCUUAACAAGAAUUUUUUUGACUUCCUUCUAACAUUUAAGCAAAUGCAUGGGGAUACUGUUCAGAAUCAGCUGGUAGUGCAGUGUGUGGAGAUUCCAUUGUAUUUGACUCUCUACUCUCCUGCUAUAGAUUGGAUUUUACAGUGUAUCGCGUACCGUGCUCCCGAGAUUCUGCUUACCGAGAUGAUGGAGAGAUGCAAGAAACUGGGGAACAAUGCCCUGCUGUUGAAUUCAGUGAUGUCAGCAUUCAGAGCGGAGUUUAUUGCUGCAAGGUCUAUGGAUUUUAUUGGCAUGAUUAAAGAGUGCGAUGAAUCUGGUUUCCCCAAGCGUGGCAAGCUGCAGGUGACCAUGCAGAGCUCAUCAGCAGAGGUGACCAUGAUGGAGUCCAAGAAUCGCAAAAGAGCUCCAGCAUGGACCGAACGGGAGCAUCUUCUCUUUCGCUCUUUGGGGUUAAACUUGGCCAUGGCUGAUCCUCCUGAAUGUGAUCGCCUUCAGAUAUUAAAUGAAGCCUGGAAGGUUAUCACAAAAUUGAAAAACCCACAGGAUUAUAUUAACUGUGCAGAAGUGUGGGUGGAGUAUACCUGCAGACACUUUACGAAGCGUGAGGUCAAUACUGUUUUGGCAGAUGUUAUCAAACACAUGACUCCAGAUCGUGCAUUUGAAGAUGCCUAUCCACAGCUUCAGUCAAUUAUUCAGAAAAUUAUCACCUAUUUCCAUGACUUUUCUGUACUUUUUUCAGCGGAGAAAUUCUUACCAUUCCUGGAUAUGUUCCAGAAAGAAAGUGUGCGAGUGGAGGUUUGCAAGUGCAUUAUGGAAGCUUUUAUUAAACAUCAACAAGAUGCUACUAAAGACCCUGUCAUACUUAAUGCUCUUCUACACGUGUGCAAGACCAUGCAUGAUUCUGUGAAUGCACUAACACUUGAAGAUGAAAAGAGAAUGUUAGCAUCUUUGAUAAAUGGAUUUAUAAAAAUGGUAUCGUUUGGCCGGGACUUUGAGCAGCAGCUGAGUUUUUAUGUUGAAGCUAGGUCAAUGUUUUGCAAUCUGGAGCCUGUUCUUGUCCAGCUGGUUCAUUCUGUGAACCAGCUGGCAAUGGAAACGAGAAAAGUGAUGAAAGGAAAUCAUUCCAGAAAGACAGCCGCAUUUGUCAGGGCUUGUGUUGCCUUCUGCUUCAUUACAAUUCCAUCUCUGACUAGUAUCUUUGCCCGUCUUAAUUUGUACCUGAACUCUGGACAGGUUGCCCUGGCAAAUCAGUGCCUUUCACAAGCUGAUGCUUUUUUCAAAGCUGCCGUGAGCCUGGUUCCUGAAGUGCCAAAGAUGAUCAAUAUAGAUGGGAAGAUGCGUCCCUCUGAACCCUUCCUCCUGGAAUUCUUCUGUAACUUCUUUUCCACUUUAUUAAUUGUGCCAGACCAUCCAGAACAGGGAGUGUUGUUUCUCGUGCGAGGACUACUCAAUGUGAUCCAGGAUUAUACGUGGGAGGAUAAUAGUGAUGACAAAGUUCGGAUUUACGCCAAUGUUUUGCAUCUACUCUCUGCAAUGACUCAGGAGACCUAUAUCUACCACUUAGACAAAGUUGAUUCCAAUGACACCCUCUAUGGUGGAGACUCCAAGUUCCUAAUUGAAAUUAACAAGCUGUGUGAGACAGUGAUAGCUCAGAUCCUGGACCAUCUGAAGACCCUUGGACAGGAGGAGACUCUGAAGCGCCAAAGCCAGCUGGCUCUCUACUUCUUUAAUAGUAUUUUAGCUCAUGGAGAUCUACGGAACAACAAACUAAACCAACUUUCAGUCAAUCUCUGGAACCUGGCACAGAAGCAUGGCUUUGCUGACACCAAGACUAUGGUAAAAACACUGGAAUAUAUCAAGAGGCAAAGCAAACAACCUGAAAUGAGUCAUUUUACAGAGCUGGCACUAAGGCUCCCUCUGCAGUCCAGGACCUGAUGAAUGUUACCCUUCCCAGAGUCAUCCGUCACGAAGGGCAUGUUGCCAAGUCCAUAAAAUAGGAGCUUUAUUCUGAGCUUUUGUUAGAGUUCAGUGUAUUUUCAUUUUUAAGUUUCACUUAAAAGUAUGACAGAUUAAUUUAGACAAGGUAAAAUUGUUCUGACAAAGUGCAAUAAUUUGAACUAAGUUUGGUUCCAAUGGUGUCAUUAAACAGAAUCUGAUUGAAAUGUUUAGAUUCAGUAAAGUGUAUCUUAAAAUUUCUGAUGGCAAAUAACAUUCUAGACCUGAAUUUGACAUAACUUUAACAACAUAGGAAGAAAAUUGUCCAAAUACGCAUAUUCAGGAGCUCCCCCUUCCCCCCAACUUCAUUCCAUUUAGGACAAAUUAUUUUCUCCUGCGUGUGAGCAAUAUGUUGCUGUAACAUCCUAGUUCAUGAUCAGCAGUAGUUCUAGAUGAGAAUUAUGCCUCAGACUUCUUUGUAGACAGAGUUGUUUCCAAUAUUCAUGUGGCCAGUUUCAGUAUAACAGGAAUAUGGCUGAGAUGUUACUGUUUUCUGGAUUUGAAAAACCAUUUUUGUAAUACACUUUCGCCAACAUGUUUAUGCUUUUCCUUUUAGUCUAAAAAUGUUUUGUAAAAUGGAGGGAACCUCUAAAUUUAAUCUGGCAAUCAGUGGGGAGUCUUCAGAGGAAAAUGCAAAUGUAUUUAGAGUCCCUUGUGUUUCCAGUCCAAAUGCACAGUAUCAUCAAAUAAAACCUGUUAAUGUGCAGUUUAGUUCAUCUUUGUUCCUUAUUACAUGUAUCCACAGUCAUCACCUGACUGAACAUCCUGUGAUGAUUAGUUCCAUUUGCUAUUCUACUGCUUAACAAAUUCCCCUCUGCCAGUGGCAAGGAGCCAGGAUGUGAGGUUGCUGCUACUGCCAUAAGUGCCCUAGUUUUGAUUGAGUUUAGGCAAUUUACUGAGUUAUUCUCUACAAUAAGCAAGGAUGACUAAAAUACUCUAGCCAAAUUUUGAGCAAGAAGUUGUCUUUUGUGGAGGGUGAAAAUUUCAUUUUGUGUGAAUGAAAUUCUCUAAUAAAAUAGCUCUGCUCUGUGGUAGAAGCUGUACUUUGUAA